CAAUCUUGAUGGCACCGUAAUCUACCCAAGUAUAUAAAGAUAAAGAAAGUAAGAGAUGUAGGAGGUAGGUGGGAGGGUGUGUUGGUGGAGAGGAUAAAAAAAGUGUAUAUAAUUCGCAUGAUUCAAACGAUCAAAUUUCCAUCGAUUACUGUUUUAACAAGUCAGACUAUGCCAGCGGCAUCAAAGAUUAUUGACCGGCCGUUGAACUGGUUGGAAAUCAAGUAUAUUAUUGAUACUAACGACUUGGAUAAGUUUGCCAGAUCAUUGGAUGAAACCCAGAGGUACCACCAGUUCAAAGAAGAACUAAAACGGGGGAAAACCACCAUAUACAAGCAUCUACUUAUUAAAGAGUUAGAAUGGGCUAACCCCCAAGAUUACUUGAUGAGUGAUUUGGAAAUUGCUAAAACGGUGGAGAGUAAAGGAGAAUAUAUCUUUACCUGUAGUGAAGAUUUAAAAAUUAUACCUAAUCAUUUCCCAUAUUUUUUUGAAAAGGGGAUAAAGCAUUAUUGUAUUUGGACCAAGAUUAGAAUCCCCAGUGAUUAUACCCAUCCAUUAGGAGAUUUGAGUAAACCAAUAAGAAAAGCGAUUGAUACCUAUGUUAAUAAAACGUUUAAUCAUUUUGGAAUUAGUUCAGAUAGAAUAGUUUGGUUUAGAAAUUGGGAAGCUCUACAAAGCGUUAAAGAAUUAAGUCAUAUUCAUAUAAUCAUUAAAGAUUGUACUCAACAAGAAGAAGAUCGUUUCUUGUACACCAGUGGAGUUCCCCUUACCAUUAAAGAAUACACCGAUAUAGUAAAUUGA